GGAUUGCAUUGCGUACAAACCACGUACAAGUUUGUUAAAUGUAGUACAGCUGAGACAAUGGGAAGUAAAUCCGGCCGGCCGUAAACGUAGUCGAUCAGGUCAACUCCUAAUUUUCAGAGCAGUUCAAGCAAAUGCUCUCUUUGUCACUGUCGGUUGUGAAAUCAGUGACUGACUUCUUCUUGGUUGUAUUAUAAAGGAAAUACAGUGAGCAUGUGUAUGGAGGUAAAAGACUUGGAAGACUAUCUUCAGGAUUUGUAUGUGGAUUAAUUGGGAAGUGGAAGGAUCUUUUAUAUCAUCCUGUCAAGAAUUAUUAGUCGACCCCACUUCAUUGUCUAUCACUCCGAGGACUGAUAGUUCAUCUAGUUAAUGACUGUAUUAGCUCACCAGACCUGGUCUUCUGACGACAUCAGGGACAUCUUUCAUCUUCUGCUGUACUUGUAUGUGGUGGUGAUUACUCAUAGCUUGGUCAUAACACCUUGGUUUCUCUUUAAAGAAGUUGGCAUUCCCUCAUGCUGUGUGAUCAACACGUGACUAACCUUCUAUCCAUUCAUGCUGACAGGGGAGUGAAGAUUGAACAGGGAAGCUGGGCAAGGAAUUGUUAACCUCUUCUGCUCAGAACUUGACAUCUUUAUUUGUGACUGAGGAGAUAAGCAGGAGGGAGUGUGGUACUUUCCCUUUUUGUUUGGAGUGGGUUUAAUAUUUCACUGUCCUCAACCUUCAAACAGUUGGACUACAUGACUGCUACAAAAGGAGGAGAAGUUGAAAAUAUAUAUCUUCGAUAGUAUUAAAGAUACAUGUAAAAGAUAGUAUUCAAGAGAUUCGACCAGAGGAACAGUCACCGAAACCUUGAUAAUUAGGAAGGUCCUCACCUUCAGCAACGCACCAAUGGUUUGACUUUGUGAGUGGGAUACACUGUACACGAAGAGCCAAUUAUCUUUGAAUAAUAUUAUAUAUUAUCAAGGUAUUAGUUCAGUCUGUGCACUGAGGAUGGGCUUUGAAGUGCAUUUUCCUUUGAUUUAGAAAGUGACACUUUUGACAAGAACUCCACGAUGGAUUUAAGGAUAGCAGUGCAGGAGAAAUUGAACACUGCAGCCGGAGAGCAGUGCAUUGACUAUUUGGAAGGGACACUUGUUCCUGAUUGGUUACAGGGCAAGCGAUUGCUAGCCCUCGUCCAUUGCCCAACGGCAGCAAGAGGAGUUGGCGAACAAGGACUGUUAAUUUUCACCAGGCCCGACAUCAUUAAGCAGAGCAGUGAUCUCAUACUCGUCCGUGCACUCCCCAUCAAGGGAGAUUUCAGCUACACAAUAGCAUGGCCCUCCUCAGAAACCCUUGCAAGAGACCAAGCAAUGGUGAGGGCGCACAUCAAGACUGCAGAGGUCAAUCUGGUCAUUGAGGUCCCCUUCGCUCAACGAUCUUCAAAUUUCUUUAACAAUGUGAAGAAAUCAAUGACAGCUUGUCUUGAAAAGGUGAAGCAGGGUAUUGUCCCUCAGUUCUUCUGGAUGCAGCGCUACCAGCUCCAGAUCAAAGGAGCCAGCGCCCAGCAACAACCAACCUCUGAUCUCCUCAACCUCUCCUCCACGACCACGCCCACAGACCCCUUUGGGAUGUCCUCCUUCGCCCCCGUCUCCCCCCAAGCUGCCCCAGUGGCACCCUCAACCACCACUACCAACCCUACUGCCAGUACUAACCCAUUCAUGCCCCAUGCUAAAACCAUGCCCCUCCUCGAUGCAGGGGGCGUCAACCAACCCCCUCCUCUGUCCAUGAAUCGUGUGACCUCCGACCCUGUGCUGCACGGCUACGUCAACCUUCAAGCGCAGAGUGAGCUGGCGUCGGAGCAGAAUCUAUUAGACAGUACUGUUGGCACGGCCCCUGCAAGUAAAAUGGCACAUCCCAAGGCCCCAGCGAUGUCUUCAACAUCGGAAGCAUGGAGGAUAUCACAAGACUUUGGUAAUAAUGCUGAUGGUUCAUCAUCUUCUUCAACCUCCUCAUCGUCAUCCUCAUCAUCGUCAUCAUCGACAUCGAGUGUAGACAAAGUAGGUUUGCCUGGGUCUGGGUUUGAGGAUCAUUUUGGGAGUCUGAUUUUAGACAGCAAUGGUCGGUUGCAUGCACAGGACGAUCACUUUGAAGAGGAAAAGAAAGGGAGUACCUUCUAUACCAACUUAGAUGGACACACCUUAGAGGCACCCAAGACAUCCCUAAUGGGUUCUCAACCUGAUAUAGAUACGCUGGGUUACGCGUCUGUCAAGCCUUUCAAACCGGCAGGCAUAAGAGAAGAGAUCUUGAAAAGACGGGAAGCAGAGUACACAUUUCCUCAUGAUUUCAGGGUCUUUGUUGGGACAUGGAAUGUAAACGGAAAGGGAGCGACAGAGGACUUGAGGCACUGGUUAGCAGCCGACCCCAAGCCUCCUGACAUGUAUGCCAUAGGUUUCCAGGAGUUGGAUCUCAGCAAGGAAGCUUUCCUCUUCAACGAUUCCAUCCGGGAGGAGGAGUGGCAUAAACGGGUCGUCAUGUGCCUUCAUCAAGAUGGCGUCUAUAUAAAGCUGAAGUUGAUCCGAUUAGUUGGUAUGAUGUUACUAGUAUUCAUUCAAGAGAGACACUAUCCCUACAUUGAGGAGGUCAUAGCUGAAACGGUCGGUACAGGCAUCAUGGGGAAAAUGGGCAAUAAGGGGGCUGUGGCAGUGCGUUUCAACUUCCACAACACCUCCUUCUGUUUCAUCAACUCUCAUCUGGCAGCCCACAUGGAGGAAUACGAGAGGCGUAACCAAGAUUACCAUGAUAUCUGCGCCAGGAUGAAGUUUGAAAGGGAGAACCAUCAGCCCCUUGGCGUUAUGCAACAUGAUGUUGUGAUAUGGAUGGGUGAUCUGAAUUACAGGAUCAAUGAACUCAAUGUUGAUACAGUCAAAGCACUGAUAGACAACAACCGCUUCAAAGAGCUACUCGUGCAGGAUCAGCUGAAUAGACAGAGGGAACUGUCUCGUGUUUUCAAUGGCUUUGAGGAAGCUACUAUAGGAUUCCGUCCAACCUACAAGUACAACUCUGGCAGUGAUGAAUGGGAUUCAAGUGAGAAGCAGCGUGUACCUGCGUGGUGUGAUCGGAUCCUGCACCGUGGUGAUCGCAUCGUCCAGAAGGUUUACAGGAGUCACAUGAAACUGAGACUGAGUGAUCAUAAACCCGUCAGUGCUCUAUAUGACAUUGGGGUGAAGGUGGUGGAUGAGAAGAGGUUCCGUGAGGUCGUAGAGGAAGAAAUCAGAAAAUUAGAUAGACAAGAGAACGAGGCACUACCACAAGUUACGCUGGGCAGAAAUGAAUUGAAGCUAGGUGAGCUCCGCUUCAUGGAGGAGGUGGUUGAGACGGUAGAAGUGGCAAACACCGGCCAGGUCAAUACCAUGGUGGAGUUUGUAGCCAAGCUGGACGAUAAAUCACCUUGUAAACCAUGGCUCAAGGUAGAACCACAAUCAACAUUCAUGUUGCCAGGUGACAUGAUAGAGGUGAAGCUGAGAGCAUUCAUUGAUAAGAACACUGCAGCAGCAUUCAAUGCAGGCAAAGACACUGUAGAGGAUAUUCUCAUUCUACAUCUAGAGAAUGGCAAAGACUACUAUAUCACAGUAACAGGUAGCUACAGACCAAGUAGCUUUGGAGCUUCAUUAGAAGGUCUAGUGAGGAUGCACGAACCUAUACAUGAGAUGACGCCAAAGCAGGUGGUGGAUCUGGAAACCAAUCCAACUUCUACGCAGAAGACAUCAAGUGCAGAUUUCCAGAGUUAUGACAUUCCUAAAGAAAUUUGGAUGCUGGUUGAUUAUUUAUUCAGGAAUGGAAUUCACAAGGAGAAUUUGUUUGGUCAAGAAGGUCUUCAUUCUGAAGUACUAGCCAUCAGAGACUUCCUUGAUACAGGCUUUCCAGAAGAGAUCCCUGGUAGUAUCCAUUCAGUAGCAGAGUCUCUUCUUGUGUUCCUGGCUAGUCUCAGGGAACCAGUCAUUCCGUACAAAUUCUAUCAGAAAUGCCUUGAUGGUGCCAACAACUUUACCUUGUGCAAGCAGAUCAUGAAACAACUACCAAGGUGUCACAGGAAUGUCUUCAAAUACCUGACAGCGUUAAUACGUGAGCUACUCAUGCACAGCGAUGACAACAGACUUGAUGCCAAAACAUUAGCAACAAUAUUUGGGGAGCUCUUCCUGCGCUGUCCACCAGAAGACAAAGAGAAGGAAGAUGCAUCCGUUAGGAACAGGACCACAAACAGACAACAGAUCACUCGAAAGAAAGCAACCUUCGUCUACCAGUUCAUCAUCCAUGAAUACGAUGAUUGAAGGCGUCUUCAUUAUCGUCAUCGUCCGACCAAUAUACUCGCAAGAAAGCAACCUUCGUCUGCCUGUUCAUCAUCAAUGAAUACGAUGAUUGAAGGCAUCUUCAUCAUCCUCAUCAUCGUCCGACCAAUCUCGAUGCUAUUUCCCUGUCACCCAUGAUUUCAACCAAAGUGAUUCUUUUCAACCCUUUCCUGUCAUCCAAGGUCUAGUACAAGUUUGUCCAAAAUAA